UCAUUAUCUAGAGGUCUCUCCAGAAUUUGACAAUUGAUUUCUACAUGCGUCUGUCAUAUGUACUUGRCAUAAUGCAUACUGGGGUAGGAAUAAUAGUACCUCCCAUUCCACUGCAAUCUCUAAGCGGUGAUUGUACCUGGAGCCGAGAUUUAUCUUUAAGAAUUCCAGGAAGGCGACGUGAAUCAAGCAAAAAGAGACGUAAAAAAAUGUGAAGCUUGAUGAUUCAACAUUGGCCAAGUUACAAGUAUGGUACAGCUUGUCUUGACGUGGGAAGAAGUCAGCUUUAAAUAAACUGGACAAACCGCUCUAACAUGCGCAAGCCGUGACACCAGACAUCUUGUUGCAAGAACUCGCUAACGACAUGAUAGUCUUGGAUGUCCCAGUUAUUUAAUAGAGACGACAUAAUAUACAGAGAUGGUUGCUUGGGAGCUUUUGCAAGUGCUGGUGGUCGUUGGGUGUCUACGCAUGAACAACGCUUCUCCUAGCUGUCAAGACGAAAACUCUYCACCYUCCCCACCCUCUCCGCSGCCGCUCUUGUCACGAUUCACAGAUGGCGUGUAUYCAGUUAUAACAACGGAACAAGAGAUCAAAGUACAGCUUGAUUCACGGGAGGAAUGUGCGCAGUUUUGCGUACAAGUAACUGAGGCWGGAAUUUUGAACUGUACUGGUUUUCAACAUGAAGGACRARGRGAGUGYUUGGUGAAGAGUUCCGAKUGGUGCAAACAAACGACAAACUCGUCCAAUGGUACUUCUUCUAACUAUAUAUUGAAAGGUUACAAUAUCACGCAUUGCACAAAUAGUUCUUCUUCUUCUAAACAAGUUGUCAAUUCCGCUGUGGUUAUAAACAUCACUACUGUCAUACUUAACGUCCAAUGGCAGGAGACUUUGAUGAACAGUACUAGCACUACCUAUCGUAACCUAUCGUCUUCUAUUGAAUACARUAUUUUUCAGCUCUAUGUCAAUGAUUCUGUGGUAAAUGCCGUGAAUAUUCUGCAAUACAGUAAUCACACUACGCAUGUCCAAGCCAAGUUGAGCAUCGAUUUUUAUGGAAAUGCGAGUAUGACUCAUUUUAGAAUCCUUUUCACCGCCCUCUAUCAGAAACGAUUGCUGCAUCAUUUACAAAUAGACACUGUUUGGGAAAAUUUACCCGGUAAACCACCGACGAAUCUAACUGUCUCUCACUCGGACGAUGGUACAGCAGUCUUAUCAUGGGCACAUGCGUAUAACAACCCUCAGAUUAAAACUCUUGGCUAUCGUGUAUUGUAUUCCUAUGACAACCGUACUGAUUCCAUGGUAACAGCAUACACCAAGMACGUUAAGUUAAAAGAACUAAAGCCAUUGACCAACUACAGUAUAGCUGUCAUGASUGUGACUAACAGAGGGUUUGGGAUUCAGUCCGUAAUAUUAACGACAACGACUUUGAAAGCAGCACCUCGUCCGUUGGUUGUAAACAUCACAAUUCUUCUUAACGAUAAACACUGGUCUGAUGAUCUUCUAAAUAAGACACAUCUCGCGUUUAUUUCGCUGAAAGACCAAUUGAAAAUCAAUAUAUUUUCACUAUACAACAAUCAAAGUGACUUGAGAGAGAUUACAGUGUACUCGUUAAGMCAGUUCAAUAUAAGUGACAGUAAUGUAUCAAGACAUUUAGUUCAGGCAAAGAUUGGAAUGAGCUAUUAUAAGACUAACGACAUGGUAGUGCUUUUCAAAUCUAUUUAUAAACACCACAAGCUGAACAACAUCACUGUUUCUCCAGUCCAAGAUAACAUUCCUGGAAAACCCGUCACCAAUAUUACCUGGAUGUCUACCACCCCGCAAAGCAUCAUGGUAUCAUGGUCUYCCUCCCCCUCACCACAGUGUGGCUACGUAAUUUUCUAUCGUYACAAUGCAACAAUAGACAUACAUAACGUGACUGUCAACUCUACCUCCUCGAGCACAACAAUCUACAAUUUGCUUCCUUUGACACAUUACGUCAUUUGGAUUCAGUCUAUAACGGUCAAUGGUCCUGGUAUUCCAAGUGACGUCAUUUCUGCUCUUACGAUUGAACAAAURGUGAACGUAGAUGUUAAAGUGUUGUUAGUGAAYGAGACAUGGAACGAUGACAAUCACUUGCUCAAUCUUUACAUAAAGCGAAAUGUAACGAACUUGUUCCUCAACGUUUCACAGUUCAGAAAUACGACUUGUGUUAUAAGAAAUGCCAGUCGUGGUGUUGUGGCAGAAAUAUCUGUGAGCUUCGGUCAAGAUGUAAAAAUGCGUCAUUUUUCAGUGCUGUAUUAUGCUGUGUAUGUUAUUGGACAUCUUGGCAGCAUUGCAGUCGAGCCACAGUCAGAUACAAGUAAGAAUGGCAGCGUGAUUGCCGACUUGACAAUCGUCUAUGGACAGCACGUUAAUAUGUCUCACUUUUCAACGUUAUUUAAAGCUCUGUAUGUCGAUGGAAAGUUAUAUAACAUUACUGUAAAGCCUAUUGCUGACAAUGUUCCAGGAAAGCCUCCUCACAAUGUCACAGCAAUUGCAAAAACCUCCACUUCCAUCCGAGUCUCAUGGUCGUGUCCAGAUUGUGAAACAACUAAUAACACUAUUGCAUUCAUAAUAACCUACAAACCACGUGACAGUAACAUCACGCAAGGCAUCACGGUUAACUCUACGGUGCGUCACAUGACCAUAUUAGGACUGAAGAAAUUUACGUCAUAUGAGUUGUUAGUAGCGAGUGUGACGUCACGAGGAGUUGGAAUCACGUCAACACCAGUUUAUAACACAACGUUACAAGAUGUACCAAGUCAAGCUCCGUCCACUCUCACAGCCUACAACACAAGCAGUACGAGCCUAAUGGUGGACUGGGGAGAGAUUCCCAUUGGUUACAUCCACGGCAUUCUACAAGGAUACACCAUCCAAUUCAAAAAACUAAAGGAUUUGAACGGCAAUUGGACGACUGUUACUGUUGCAGCCAACGUCACCAAUACAAGYCUUACGUCACUGGACAAAUUCACUGAAUACGUCAUAACUGUCAAAGCUUUCACUGUGGUAGGGUGGGGUCCGUCAAGAAAUGUCACUACAUCCACUGACGAGGAUGUUCCCAGUCUACCACCGUCKAACAUCCAGGCCAGGAACAUAAGCUCAACAGCUAUUGAGGUGACCUGGAGCAGAGUCCSAUCAGGCUUUACUCACGGAAUUGUUACAGGCUACCACGUGUUGUACCGAAGGUCCAACGAUUCAAACACAACCUAUAUGRUGGCAACUACUCAUGCGCGAUCCAAUCUGACCCUCAGACUUACAGAUCUUAAUAAAUACACCGAAUACAGUCUUAAGAUGRUGGCAUUCACUCGGAUAGGGAAUGGGACCGAGUCCAAGGAAAUUGCUGUUUAUACUGAUGAAGAUACUCCCAGUCUUCCUCCGCCAAAUGUCCAGGCCUACAACACAAGUUCAACUUCACUCAAUGUGACAUGGAACCCGAUUAUGCCGACAUAYUUUGUUCAUGGGAUAUUAAGGGGAUACCGAAUCUUAUACAAACAAACAGAUGACGUCAAUGGUAGCUAUAGCAACGUGACUACCCUUAGCAACGAUUAYGAGUUGAAAGAACUGAAAAAAUUCACAAAGUACUUCAUUAAAGUGUUGGCCUUUACCAGUAAGGGGGAUGGUGUWGACAGYASACCAUUCAAYGUAUCUACCGAUGAAGACGUUCCAAGUCGUCCACCUAUGAACCUCAAGGGACAGAACACAAGCUCAACAAAUCUAUAUCUCUCAUGGGAUCCAGUACCUCRCGGCUUUGUUAAUGGGAUUUUGCUUGGUUACAAAGUUCUGUUUAAAAGAAUUAACGAUAAAUCUUGGAACUAUACAGAUACUGUAACGACUAAUACUACACGUGAGGUGGUACUAGUAGGAUUGAAGAAGUUUACMAUCUACAGGAUUACAGUAUUGGCAUUUACCAGCAAAGGUGAUGGACCAGAGGCUGACAAUGUGACUGUAACCACUGAUGAAGAUAUUCCCACUCUCCCACCAACAAAUCUUACAGCACGGAACACGAGCUCUACGUCACUCUUGAUCAAGUGGGGCCCAGUUCCCAACGGACACGUGCAUGGUAUUCUACGUGGYUACAGAAUAUUGUACAAAAUGGCUGAUGACGUCAUUGGUAAUUUCUCUAACAACAUCUCUACUACCCAAUCAGCCAAUUUAGCAGGACUUAAGAAGUACACCGUGUAUUUAGUGAAGGUGUUGGCUUACACAGUCAAAGGAGAUGGACCCAUGACCCAUAAUGUAUCCAUCAGCACCGAUGAAGACGUUCCCAGUCUACCACCAACAAAUGUUAGCUCGCACAACACCAGCGCUACGUCACUGAAUGUCACGUGGUCGGAUAUCCCRUCAGGCUUUGUUCAUGGCAUUUUACUGGGGUACAGAGUGCUUUACAGCAUCCAUCGAAGGCGUAGUGACAGGAGCCUGGGRGGGAGUCACAUGACAGCAACUGUGACGUCACCAAUCAUCCAAACUUUGGUUUUAAAAGGGUUGGAAAACUUUACUGAGUAUAACAUUGAAGUUUUGGGAUACACUCGCAUUGGUGACGGCAUGAAAUCUAACGUAAUUAAAGUGACUACAGAUGAGAACGUACCGGGCAAACCUCCCCAGAAUCUCAAUGGUAACAAUGCAUCUUCAACAAGUAUACAGGUUUAUUGGGACCCCGUCCCCAAGGGGUUUGUMUACGGGAUUUUACGCGGAUAUCGRAUCAUGYACAAAAUCAUCACCGAUAAUWCCUACGUAAACAAGACACUUGGAAGAAACAGCAAGAAUGUAUUGUUAUCUGGACUGUUAAAGUACACGAAAUAUGACAUCAAGAUWCUGGCGUUUACGCGGAUAGGAGACGGCGUACAUUCRCAACCCAUUCGCGUCCAAACCGAUGAAGACAUACCCAGCAUGGCUCCUCAAAAUGUACAAGUAACGAAUAAAAUCAGUUCCACGGAAAUUCCCAUCAAAUGGCGACACAUUCCUAAAGCUUACGUCCACGGGGUGCUACGUGGCUAUCAUAUCAAGUACAAGUUAGUAAAACUCGCCGACAUUAACGUAGAAGAUCAUGGUUAUAGCUUGAUUGCAGUUUCUUACUAUGAGACUAAUGCAACGCUCAGGAAUCUUGAAAGUUUCGCGAUAUACGAGAUACAAAUAGCUGGAUUUACCAUCAAAGGAGACGGCGUCUGGGAAACCGUUUAUGGAACAACAUGUAGAUGCCAUUCURAUCUACAUUCUAACUGGUUCUCUCACCCACCUUACGUAAGAGAUGAUAGUAGUUUUUCCGCUAACGAGUCCACUUUCAACAAUCUAACAACGGAUAUYAAAGGGAUCUUUCCCCCAAUACUUUACGCCGCGGUUAAGACGUGUUGCGGGGAUUGUGCUGUUGAAUCGUCGUUGAUUCUUAGUGAGAAAGGCUACAAGAAAGUAGGGAUGAUUCAAGUCAAGGAUUCUAUUAAUAAUGACACUGAUUUCAACUUUCCUAUCGAUGGAAUUAAGGGACAGACUAAAUAYCAAGGAAACCAGGGUGAAUUCGAGUUUGUUUCUAUCAUGGACAUGCCGGGCGCAGCGUUCUUGGUGGCCGAUAGAAGGGAUAUCCAUUCAGAGGUUUUGCACACYAUUCUUGGCUGUUGGCCGACUGUCGUGUUUGUUUUUGUGGUUGCUUAUCUCUCRGGAAUAGUUAUAUGGAUAAUAGAUGUGCGUUUCAAUCCAGAUCACUUCCCAAAUUCGUUCCUCGCAGGAUCAUGGGAAGGGUUUUGGUGGUCCUAUAUCACCAUGACAACCGUUGGCUAUGGUGAUCGUAUCCCUAAGUCUAUAGCAGCUCGCUUAUUCAGCGUUGUAUGGAUAUGGAUGGGUAUCGCUACUAUAGCAGUAUUGACCAGCAGUAUAACCGCAUCACUGAUGAGCAUGGUAUUCCGGACACAGUUAACACUUUAUGGAACAAAGGUCGCAGCCAUUAAUAAUUCGUCGGAGUACAAGCUUGGCGUUCGAAGAAAUGCUAACUUAAAAGUCGGUCGCAUGUAUGGUAACAUUACUGAAAUAUACAACGAUCUCUURAACGAGAAUGUUCACGCUGCUYUACUWGACUCCUACGCUACCGCAAGUCAGAAGGAUUUGUUUGAUAAGAAAUGGCUGCGUGUUCGCGAUAUUAUUAAGACGGGUUUUGACUCUACGUAUGGCGUUGUGCUUAGUGGUAACGCUAUGAAGUUAGGUCAAUGUAUAAGGCACUACGUUAAGGUUGAGAGCAGUGAGAUUAGUCGAGUCGUACAGAAAAAUGUGGCWCCAAUUAAGGCAAGUAAAGUCCCACCAGCCGUGAAACGAUCGAGCGAUUUACUAACAGCAGAAUCGGAACUGUUUCGACUGACAGCCAAGAUACUCGGUGGUUCUCUGGCCGUGCUGGUUGGUUUGUGUUUAAUCUGGGAAUACCACCGAAAAUGGAAAAUGAAGAGAAAAAAGGAGAAMAAGAAGAAUUGUGAAAAAGAUGUUGAGGGUUCAUGGCCUAGUUGGGCUAAACUUCCAGCCCAACAGCGUUAUGAGAUGACUAAAGCCCAGUAUCGACAGGAUUUGGAGCACUUUUAUAAAUCUUUCAGAGAAGCUUAUGAAAUGUUGAGAAAGAAACAUUCUCUUCAAAUCAAAACUUUCCACAACCAAUGCAAAGGUAUUCACAAUUUCUCUGUAUCAGAAUGGACAGGAGGUCGAAGCGCUACAUACACAGUAACAAAGGAUACUGAUGUCAACUCCAUAUUGGAUGGCUUAGAUAUGUCAAUGUUUGAUGGAAAAGACAUUGAUAAAAAGAUCAAGAUGGGUCUAUGAACCGGGCUUCCUGUGCCCCUCGCCCCACAGCAAACCCAAAUCAAAACUUUUUCGAAUUUUGAUUGCGUCCAACAGACAUUACAAAAAAACUGUUGUCACUCUAAAAAGAUAAUACAAGUUAUAAAUGAGUUUGAUAGUACCCAUGGUACGCGGAAAGCGAGUUGUGAGUCCAUCCACUCUCGAGUACAAUUCACAAGUUGAAAUUAAUAUAUGGAGUAAAGUUCACAAAGACUUUAGUACAAAAUAUUUGUAAAUAAAAGCUUAAAAUUACAAUAAAUUAUUUCUAUGAAAAUGAAA